AUGUCUUGGACGUUGCAGCUGUGUGGACUGAUUGUCACUGCCAUUGCUGUACAGGAGUCAUGUGAUGACGAUGCCACACUUUUGCAGCUUCCAAGAGGACCGCCUGCAACAACAGGAUUGGCAGCACACACUAUGCCACCAGCCGCGCUCGCCAACGCGAGCCAGCGAACAGAUGUGGCGCCGUUCAAUGCGUCCGGGGUGUUUGCCAGCAACGUGCUGCGCUGGGACCCAGAGGCUGCGAUCUCUGCGGUCUCACCGCAACCGCAACCGCAAGGCAAGCGCCAGCACUGGACCACGGCUAAGAAGCUAGCCCAAGCAGCCGUGUCCCUGGACGUCAUCGAGCAGCCGCAGUCAGUUUUUUGCAUGGCCACAGCCAUCUGCAGCUUGGUGCUGGUCGGAGAGUUGGCAUCGCUACGAGGUUUUGAGCACAGUCGAGUAUUCACCUCUAUACUAGCUGCGCUGAGCCUAGUGGGUACCAACCUCUCCGAGAAUGCAAACUUGCGAGCGGGCAUUGGUGUCCUAGAUCUCAUCUACGCGCGAUUCGUCAUGCUUGCGUUUACGGGUGUGGCGCUUGUGAGAUUUCACCCACGCAAGCCAUCUGCACUUCCAGAUUGUCCUGAGCAAGCAAUUCAGAUGCUUCUCGGCACUUUCUCUAUCAGUGCCAGUUCAAUGCUGCUAUGUGGCGCCGUGCAUCUGGCACCUGGGACAUACGUACUUGCUGGGGUUGCGACGCUGUCAAGCUUCGGUGCCAUUUUAAAGCAGUGUAUUCUCAGGGAGCCCAUUGAAUGGGAUGAGAGUCUGGCCUCUGUGGGGCUCUUGCUGUCGGUGCUACCAAUGUUGAACGCUGCAGCUCAUAGCAGCCAGGCAACCCUCCUUGGCACGGUUUUGGGCUUGUUAGCCGCCCUGGCCAUGGCGACAUCUGCCUUGGUUCAGCGCAACUUGUGUGGUUCUGUGCAUCAUACUGUUCUGCUCACCUGGUCGGGCGGAGUAGGGCUCAUCAUGUUCAGUCCGGUGGCCUUAAUCUUCCCCGAAGAAGCUCGUGUGCUAUGGACAUUGGACUGGCCACACUUCGCAGCUUUGUUCUUAUAUGGAUCUUUGAGCUUGGCGUCUUCCACACUUCUGUUGAAGGUGGCCAAUAGCUCCCUGGGCAUUAAGGCAGAGUCUAGCUACAUGCUCUUUGUUGGGACAGCUGCUGCUUGCCAAUACGCAUCAGACAUUGCGCUUCUUCACGACCCCUUUACCUUCGUUGCACAAACAAGCUUUGCGCUAGUGGCUACAUUUCUCACGCUGGCGUACGUUGUGUCCUGCAGACAAGUUAUCCGAGUAGAAGAGUGCAUGAACAUGGCGGGCAGUCUCCAUUUCGAACCGCGGCGAUUCAGCCAAAGGCUUUCGCACCAUGCGGAAGGUGACACGUGA